CCCGGUAACACCCUCACGUGGAUCUCGUCGAGUUGACACCACACAUCAACUCGCUUAGCCACGCACUUGACACCUUUGUUGUCAACUGUUUUCUCCCCAAAGAGAUCCGUACAUCCAACCAAACAAGCUAACCUAAUGCUCACAAUUUCGCCUCAGGUCGAAUCCAAAACACUCCAAAAAGCAUCUUUCUUUGCAAAGCUAUCCUUCAAACUUUCAACAUGAAGUUCUCCGCCAUUGCCCUUUUCGCCCUCUUUGGAGCUGCCGCCGCCGGAAGACCCAAUCUUUCCAUCUCUGUCCGCGAUGGAAACUUUGACGGCCUUGAUGGACUCGACCCCACUGUCUCCUGGGAGAACAGUGCGCAAUCCGGUGACAUGGACAUCUCCUAUGGAGUGGAAGCUUCGGCUCGCCCAACCAGUGACAUUGCUUCCCUUCCCCGCAAGAUCUGGGGCAAGGCAAGCACUGACAUCUCCGGAUGGGGAGUCUCAGCACGUGCCGAUGUCAACCCACAAGACUUGGACUCUGCUGAUAUUGAGCUCAAUGCCGAAAACGAAGACAAUGACCUCUCUGUCAACCUUGUUGCCAGCGCAGGAAAGGAUUUCGCCGUGAGGUCGGUUGAGGCAACCAAGGGAUUGGACGCCAACGGCGCCCGUGUUACUGUCACCCCCCGAUUCAACUUGGAGGACGACUCCAGGGAUGUUGUCGUCAACUACAGCAACGACAACACGGAUGUCAAAUUGACUGCCUCUGCCGACGCUCAAGAGGUUACCGUCUCCCAGAGGCUUGACGACGACAACCGUGUCGCUCCCACCAUCAACAGCAACGGAGAUCUUAGCGUAGAAUGGGAACGCCGCCUUGGAGAUGACAGCUCCCUCACCGCCACUCUCAAGCCCAAUGAUAGCCUUGAUGUUGAAUGGAAGGAUGAUGCCUGGACCGCCAACGUGAACAUGCCCAUUGAUGGAGCCAACAUCAACGGAGCCAAUGUCAGCAUCAAGCGUGAUGUCAACUUCUAAGUCUUUUUUCUUUUUCGGUAACUUGUUCAAUGGUAACAAAUGUAUUUUUUCAACACAAGACUGGUCUUUUAUGUAGCUACAACCUCCAAUGCUCCAUCCCAACCAGCUAGACUAGCUACCGGUACGUUACGGCGUAUCAUGAAACUUGCCCCAAAUUGCUCCGUUGAAGAAAGUUGCUUCUGUGAAGAACCCUAAUGAGUACAUGGUCCACAAGUGCGUGGACUGUCCGUCCCAUCUUGGCCGCACAGGCGGAGCUGCACCGACAAGGGGCGAGCUAGCAACUGACAAGCAAAAGAUGAACUCGUAUUAAUAGACCUGUGUGGUCGCUGACUGCGGGUACUGGCAGUGAUCUUCCUUGCGGCUUGGAGUGAUGGAGUGGGGGAGCUCUAAUGAAUUUUUGGAACUGGUCCCAAAAAUUGAUUUGGAUUCGAUUUACCCACCACUCGAAUCGUCACCUCUGUCGGUAUUACCGUACCGGUACUAGCUAGUAUGCAUACCGGUACCGGUACGGUAGGGUACUGUCGGGUACCGGCACAGGAGUCUUCCUCGACUCCCAGCCACCGCCUCAGCUGUCCG